UACUCUCUUCUCUCUCUCUCUCUUCCCCCUUUCAUUUCUUUCCCCCUUUGUUCUUUCUUCGUCUUCUUCUCAAUCAAAUAGAUCAAUUUUUUUUUUUUUUUUUUUACAAACCCCUCUCCCCUUUCUCUCUCAGCUUAGCUUUCCCCAUAGCCAUAGCCCCAAAUCUGGUUUUUCCUUCUUUGCUUCCUGUUUUUUCCCUUUGUUUUUCUUCACUUUUACGACCCCUUUUCACCGAUUACUGUUUUUCUUCCCCUUUCUCAAGUUUUUUUCUUUUUCUUCUUUCUGUAUUUGGGGUUUCUUGGUUGUGAAGAAGGAUGAGUGGUGGCGGGUCUACGGCUUCAAUCCCCAACUGUGUCAGGAAGACGAUCGAGAAUAUUAAGGAGAUCACGGGCAAUCACAGUGAUGAUGAGAUUUAUGCAAUGCUUAAAGAAUGUUCCAUGGAUCCCAAUGAAACUGCUCAGAAGCUUCUUCUUCAGGAUACUUUUCAUGAAGUGAAGAGCAAACGUGAGAGGAGAAAAGAGAAUGCAAACAAUCGAGAGUCUUCAGAGUCACGGUGGAAAACAGGCAUGCAGGGAAGGGGUGGUAGAGGUGGUCGUAUAAAUUCUUCUCCUCGUUAUAUUUCUCAUGAUACUGGGGGUGGUCGGAACCCUGGACCUGGAAGAGAGAAUGGAGUAAAUCAAGCAAUUGAGAAGAGUGGCUCUUUAUCCAUGCCAACUUCUCAAGAGACAAAAAAUAAAGAAAAAAUACCAGUAACAAGCUCUCCGUCUGUUGGAAAUGGUGCCACAAAUGUAGCUUCUGGAAAUGUUGCUGAAGUAACUUCAUCUUCGGCAGACAUGAGUGGUAAGGGGAGUGCAUUGCCUCCUAUAAAUGCAAACAAGAACCCAAACCGUGCGCUUGGUACACGGCCCUCAAGUGAGCAGCCCAUACCGAACUCUGACAACAGCAUAGUACCAAUCACACUGGCAUCUUCGUCAUCGGCAUUGAGCUCCUCAUCUUCAGAUCCAUCCAAUGAGGCACAGUUACCAGGUUCUGUGGAUGCAAUUAAAUGUGAUGGGGAAAGCUUAUUGCAUCCUAAUGAACCUAGCACAGCUAAUCUUGUGGAAAAUAAAUUAAUUCUUGAGACUUUGGAGAUUAGCGACUCUCUGGCUCAGGAAAACCAACCAAUUAAAUCUCCAAAAAUUGAGGAGAGUCUGCUCAAUGAGAUUUCGCCACCUUCUGUGUCGAUGCAGGGCAGCUCUACCGUUAGUUUACCAUCUAAUCAUAAUAAACGUCCACAACAAGUAAUUGGUUCUCAUAAAGCUAGUUCUAAUAAGGAAUGGAAACCAAAGACGACAAGUGCAGUUGUUAUCCAGCAAUCGAGAACUGUCAGUGCAGCUGCUGCUGCAUCCGAGGUUCCAGGUGUUACCAUUGAUGGCACUGAACAUUUAGAGCCUGGUUCGAGGGUCCUUGAUACAGAAGAAGCUACUUUAAAACUUCAGAAGAAAUUGGAAGAGUUGCAUGUAUCAAAAAGUCAGCUUGUUAUUCUUCCAAACCACAUCCAGGUUUCUGAAUCUGAACGAUCGAAGCUAAGCUUUGGAAGUUUUGGCAUUGGUUUUGGAGUUUCUGACAUUGUUCCAAGCAGUCAGGAGAGUGACCAGAAACAUACACCUGUUUCUGAAGCUUCAGUGGAUGCAGAUGAAAAUGUAGAGGAUGAUGCUUCAAGUUAUCCAAAUGUCCUGAGAAGUACUGAAGAAGUGGAUUCUCCUGAUCGUCCACAAUCUCCCAUUCGUGUGCCUGAGAAUUUAUCGCCCACUGGAGGUGAACUUCCAUCAAGCACAAUUCACGAGUACAAUGACUUAAAGCAGGAGACGGUAUUACCCUCCGGAGGUCACACAAACUCCAUUCCUCAAACUUCUUCAAGUUACAGUUUUGGUUUAAUCUCCCCUGUAGUUGGGAGUCAGAUUGCAGCAGUUGAAAACUCUGAUUCUCACGGCCGCGAUGCUUCUCGUCUUCCCAGUUUUGUCGUUCAACAACCUUUUGAUCCUUCAAGUUACUAUGCCCAGUUUUACCGAUCAGGUGAGAAUGAUGGUCGACUUUCCCCCUUUCUUUCUCCUGGAGUUGCUGCUAAGUACAAUGGCAAUGUUGCAUUGUUGUCUCCUUCAAGCUCUCAAUCUCCUCAAGAGGGUGUGGUUUUGACUACAGCAGGUCCAACAGCACUGUUAACUCAAGCAGCUGGGCUGAUGCAGAGCUCCAUAGCUGUGACUCAGCAGCCUGUCCCCGUCUUUCGACCUCCAACAGGCGUCCAUAUUUCUCAUUAUCCUCCCAACUACCUACCAUAUGGUCAUUAUUUCUCCCCCUUCUAUGUUCCACCUCCUCCCAUCCAUCAAUUUGUUGGCAAUAAUGCAUUUCCUCAGCAACCUCAAGGAGGCAAUAUCUAUCCAGCUCCGCCAGCAGCAACUGCUGCAGUUAAAUAUUCAAUUCCACAAUACAAGAUGGGAGCCAAUUCUGGUAACCCCUCUCACAUUGGUGUGCCGAGUGGUUAUGGCCCCUAUGGCUCUUCAGCAUCUGGUUAUAGCCCUAGCACUGCUGCACCAGCUGGAAAUACCACCGCUAACGAGGACCUUGGUGCAUCACAGUUCAAGGAAAAUAGUGUAUACAUCACUGGACCACAGGACCCCUCAACUUAAACAGCUGUAAUUUAUCACUUUUUUCAAUGUUCCCUGUCAUCAUCAUUAUCACACCCUACCCCAAAUUACUCUUAUUGAACAAAGGACGAGCUGUAACGAAAAUAGACUUCAAGUGGGCAAUGGAAUCUUUUUUUUUUUGAUUAAGAGACAAUUUAAUUGAUAAAUGAAAUAUGGAGAAAAACUCUGAACACCAAUAAAAAAUUCCGAUAAAGAACUGAUUUGGGGUCUAUCGUUGUCACAGCUCGUCUUAGGUUCAGUAGGGUAAAUACGGAGGUGUGAGUGAAUCAUCCAUUUGGUAAUGAGGAAAAAAAAAGGCUGCAGUAGUUACAAACGUCAUGGGUUAUUAUCUGAUGAAGAACUGGAGGAUAAGCCGCCUUGUUGUUUACACCAACCAUCACGUCAAAUUGAAAAACUGGAAUCUUUACUUGAUUGGUUUCUUUUACAAAAGUGGAAGAUGAAGUUUCAUAUCAGAAAUUAUAAUCGUGUUUGGUAGAAGGAUGAAAAUGAAAAAGGGAAAAGAAAGAAGUAAUGUACCACUGUUUGCAUGUCUUGCGUUAAAAAAUCUAUUAAAAAGUUGCUGAUAUACGAUGAUGAACUAUAUUCUCAAGUACUAACAGAGUCAUAAUAAACAAAGAAAAAAUAACAUCUUUAUAAAUUACAUAUAUUUGAAAAAAGUAACAUCUUUACAUAAUGAUGAUGAACUAUUUUCUCAAGUACUAACAGAGUCAUAAUGAACAAAGAAAAAAAUGACAUCUUUACACAUUCUUUGUAAUUGAAAAAAGUAUCAAAGAAACUGUUUGAAGAAUAUAGUUUAAGCAAUAAUUUGUUAAAAAGAAAUAUGAAAUAGCCCUUACUAGCAUUCUGUGUAAUAUCUUGAAGUUUGAUG